AUGCUUUUCUUAAAGUUUUCCAUACCAUUUCAGAAUAUUCCUGCCUUUGUCCUACAACUCCCACAAAUAUUAUUUCUUUCAAAAACUAAGUCUUUUUCUUUCCUUUUCUCAGCAUUUGGUAAUGCCAAAACUGCCAGGAAUGACAACUCUUCAAGAUUUGGAAAAUACAUGGACAUAGAAUUUGAUUUCAAAGGCGACCCAAUUGGGGGUGUCAUAACAAAUUACUUAACUUUUCAUUUUGAUACCAAUAUUUUUCUCUUUCUUUUAUUCUCUCACUUCCCCUCUCUCUCUUUCUUUUAUUCUCUCACUUCCUCUCUCUCUUUCUUUUAUUCUCUCACUUCCUCUCUCUCUUUCUUUUAUUCUGUCUCACUUCCUCUCUCUCUCUUUCUUUUAUUCUCUCACUUCCCUCUCUCUCUUUCUUUUAUUCUGUCUCACUUCCCUUCUCUUUUAUUCUCUCUCACUUCCCUUCUCUUUUAUUCUCUCUCACUUCCCUUCUCUUUUAUUCUCUCUCACUUCCCCUCUCUUUUAUUCUCUCACUUCCCCUCUCUCUUUUAUUCUCUCUCACUUCCCCUCUCUCUUUUAUUCACUCUCACUUCCCCUCUCUCUUUUAUUUGCUCUCACUUUCCCUUUCUCUCUUUUAUUCUCUCUCACUUUCCCUUUCUCUCUUUUAUUCUCUCUCACUUUCCCUUUCUCUCUUUUAUUCUCUCUCACUUUCCUUUCUCUCUUUUAUUCUCUCUCACUUCCCCUUUCUCUCUUUUAUUCUCUCUCACUUCUCCUUUCUCUCUUUUAUUCUCUCUCACUUUCCCUUUCUCUCUUUCUUUUCUUCUCCCUUAUUUCCUCUCUCUCACACCCUAUUUUCCUUUGGUUUUCACAGUCUGCAUUUUUUUGUAA